CUCUUCAUCGAAGGCUUGAUAAACACAGCGUGUGCCGACGGAGGAAACGGAGGAAAUCUGGUUGUUUAAAUGAUUCUUCCAGCCUUCUAACCUCUCUCUAACGUUCUUCGAAUAGAAGUUCACAGCCGCAGGUACUCCAGCGUUUUGACUCGGCUCGUUCGGCUGCGAUGGCAUGUUUUGACCUUGUCCUUUGCUCGUUCCCGACCUGAUUCUAACACUUCUAACCCCCAGGUUCUCUUCCUCCACCCUCUAUGAAACUCCAGCAUCAACAUUCUUCUUGAAGCUGCCUCGAAAGGUUUCCGCUCCCUUUUCGUCGCUCCGCCGACCUAGGUGUACCGCGAAUCCUCACCUCGUCCCACGAGCCUUAAAUAAACGACCUGUCUGCAAUGUGACGUCCGAUCAUAGUUCCUCCGUCGCUCCUUGUCGGACUCCGGUGUCCAAUCGCCGAAAACAGCGCCCGUCGAUAGUCAGUCAAAAUCCUUCACCAUGCGAAGAGCGAAAGAAGGACCAGUGGGAAGACACUCAUAGGGCUGGGCAGCAAGAGGAGGCGGACGCGGAUUUACAGCUCAGACCGUCGCCCUGCGGCCAGGUGAUGACAGGGUCAACUAUACGGGAUGAGGGCCCGCGCCAGUGCGCACGCAUCCCAAGAAGGGACAAGAUCGAUUUUAGCGGCCGCCUACUUGGGAUUUGUGUGCUGACAAAAUUGACACUCUUCACGAAUUUCCAAGGUUUGCUCGAUGUCGGCCUAUGCUGCGAGAGACACUGCUGGAAGCUUCGUUAUGACUCGUUGCGCCGUUUUUAGCUCCCUGUCGCAAAAUUUGCCCAAUUGACCCCCGCAAAUGGUUUUCACCCAGCCAAUCCACGGCCCAGCCGGCAGCUGCCCCCAGGCUCUUCAGACUUCUUGGAGGGCCGGCCGGAGAUGACCGAUUGGCCGUGCUGUCGGCCCCUCAAUCACGCCGCGAUAAGCAAGGGUCCAGGCUUCGCACGAGAAAAUCUGGGUCUCACGCCGCUUCUCUCUCGCCGCUUACGAUUGCAGGAUCGGAGUCGAGCAUUCGUCACAGUCGGCACCACAGCACGCUAGCGGCCAGUUUCACCCUAUGCUAUAUCUACGCCGAUCGCCUUGUUAAAUUGCAGGGAACCGGUUCUUUGUGGUCGCUCGAUUGUGCGGUCGUGUAAAAUGGAAGAAUGGCGCCUCCUGCCAAAUCCAAACCCGCGGUUUUGUCCUGGAGAAUCGGCGCAGCACCAUCGAAGCAGAAGCAGAAGGAGAAGAAGCAGGCAGUAGUACCUGCACAGCCAGCGACAGGACAAAUACCAACGCCGCCGCCAGAUGAGACACAGCAACAAGCGCUUGUUCCACAGCGGUUCGCCCCAGACAUACGUGAAAUAACAGCAUCGCUUGACCCGUUGUGCAGGCUGCCCUGCGCUCUCACCCCAGGCGACCGUUCUUUACUACAUUCUUACCUCCUACACGUACCGGCUCGAGUUUACGGAACGCGAUCAGACACGAUUUUUAGUUCCGUUCGCGAUGUCAGCUUUCCGAUCUCCUUGGGCUCGAGCUUGACCAUGUGGUGGAUGCUGAUCGCGGCAGACGGUCUCUUUACAAACGCGGGCAGAACCAAUGGGCACGCGUCAGUCGUUGAGCGUAAGCAGAGAGCUUAUCAACUUCUGAAUGAAGCACUCUGCCGGAGCGGCGGCCAGAUAACUGACGAAAUUCUUGGUGGAAUCAUUAUGGCUGCUAUAACGGAGGCCCGCUUGCUGGACCCGGUGGCUACCAACGCGCAUCUUCAAGGCUUCGAGGCUGCAAUCCGCUCUCGCGGAGGCCUGAGGUUGAGUCUGCUUGGGUGCGCAAUCCCCGCCCUGCGGUUUGCACAUGUGAUGCCUUAUCUGGUCUGUGGCCCGGUGCAGGACACGGGCGAGAGCGAGCAUGAGCAGCUCCAAGGAUUUGUGCAGUUUUUAAUGUCAGAAAUGCGACAUCGAGGGUUCUCGCCAUUCCCCACCGAAUCUUCGCCUGUAGCCGGCCUCAUGCAGCUGAAGAAUAUUAUCAUCGUGCCGGCGCUGCUGCACAGUUCCUUGGGGUCAUACCUUCAGCCAGAGGAGCGCCUUAUCACACGCUUCGUCGAUGAGGCUGCGUGUUUUCUCUCUAUCUUCCUGAUUACAUUGACCCUGUGGCGCGUGAGCGAGUCGCUCCUGAGCACUCAGCUUUUUGUUACGAGACUAGACACAGUCCUGGAAAGCAGCUCGGCUUUUGAUGAGCAUGGAGCUCCCAUGUUAACGUUGCAGGGGUUCAUGUGGGUUGUCACAAAAGCUAUUCAGGAUUUCCAGGCUGUGUACCAUGAGCUGAGUGAGGAUCACGGACUGUGGCCAAUCCUACAUGGAAUUGAUGCUUUGCGGGUGUUUCGUGGAAUGACUUCUUACAAAGCCCGACAGCAGGCGAGAAGGUUACUUCUGAGUAUUCUCUAUGGCGAGGAUCUUACGUUGACGAUAGGAAGAAUAUGUUAGAGGAAUAUGAGAUGGGAUUAUCUAUGCAAUCCGUGCAUUGUCAAGAACAUUCCUUAUCUACCAUAUCGUUCAAUAUGGACCCAACUUGUAUUACUCCAUCAGUUACGCCCAAGAAGCCUCCUCUCUAUAUGGGGCAGUACCUGUAUGCCG